AAAUAUUGCAUCUCUCUGAAAACAAACCCCAAAUCCCUUAUCCAAAACCCAGGUCCUUCUCAUCAGUGAAGAAGAGAGAGACACCAUGGUCUAAUGUUCUUCUUCAUUGUAACAUUAUAGCUAUCUUUCUCUAUCCUUAACAAGUCUUUCUCUGUCUUUCUAAAUACCCAAAAGAAAAUGUUAUCUAUGGCAAUUCAAUCUGGUGUAAGUUCUAUUUUGACAUACUCACCAGUUCCUCAUCGGACACCCUUCUGCAAAUCAAUCAAGACAAGCAUUUUUGCUAAUCCGAAAAUCAGUCUUCUAUACUCAUCAACAAUUCUUGACCCAAAAAUGAGACCCAUUUCGAGAAACGAAAGACUAACUACUUUUGCAUCACCAGAAGCUCUCACUGUAGAAGACAAGACCUCAGAAACUGAAGAACCCAUUUCAGAUGACAUAAUUGAGAAAGUUGAAGUGGCUGUGAAGCAAGUGGAGAAACCAAGACUGGUGUUGAAGUUUAUAUGGAUGGAAAAGAACAUUGGGUUGGCCCUUGAUCAGGUAAUCCCUGGACAUGGCACUAUUCCUUUGAGUCCUUACUUCUUUUGGCCAAGAAAAGAUGCAUGGGAAGAGCUCAAGACUACUCUAGAGAGUAAGCCAUGGAUAUCCCAGAAGAAGAUGAUUAUACUUCUUAAUCAGGCUACUGAUAUCAUCAAUUUGUGGCAGCAAAGUGGUGGCAAUCUUACUACUUAAAUGAAGUAAUACAUUCAGGUUUAUUUUGUUGUCAAUUAUUUUGAUGUUGAGUUGGCUAAUUGCUUACAUCCUGUUGUAUCUUUGGUUCUAAUAUAGUUGAAGGAUGAAUUAUGUUCACGGCUAUGUUAUUUGUAUUUGCCUUGCUUUUUCUGUAAUUCUGCCACAUUUCAUUAUAAAUGCUCAAUUGAUAUUCUGUCUCA